UUUUUUUUUUUGCUAAAUUGUUUUAUAUCAUUUGAUAAUGAUAUUAUAAAAUACAUUAAUCAUCAUUUGAUAAUUAACACUUGUUUAUUUGUUACAACUAAUUUGAAGGUUGUUUUAUUUUGUCCUUUUCAAUUGACAAUCGUUAUUCAAAAUAAUGGCUACAUCACCAGUUUGGUCGAUUGAAUGUAAAGGCAGUGUUAAAAUUCCGAUUCUUGGUCUUGGUACCUAUGCGGCUGUCGGUGAUGAUUUAAAAGAAAUCAUUUUUAAAGCUAUCGAUGUUGGAUAUCGUCAUUUUGACACAGCCGAUUAUUAUGAUAAUCUCGUACCAUUAGGAGAAGCUGUGAGAAAAUCAAUUGCUGAUGGUAAGGUCAAACGAGAAGAUUUAUUUAUCGUCACCAAAGUUUGGCCAACUUGGUAUGGAGAAGGUCGUGUUGAAGCUGCUGUUCGAAAAAAUCUCAAAGAAUCAGGCUUAGAUUAUUUUGAUCUUGUUCUUCUUCAUUGGCCUUUCGUUCUUGGUGAUUCUGAUACGGAAAAGAUGCCAUUGGAACCUGGUACAAAUCGUUUAAUUUUUGGUAAUCGAAACAUCGUUGAUGUUUACCGAGAAUUGGAAACUGUUCAACGUAAAGCAUUGACAAGAUCGAUUGGCAUAUCGAAUUUUAAUGCUGAACAAGUUGAACGUUUAAUGAAAUCUUCGAUUUCGAUUUAUCCAGUCACAAAUCAAGUUGAAUGCCAUCUUUAUUUAGCACAAUUUGAUUUGCAAAAAAUUUGUGCAAAACAUGGAAUCAUUUUGACAGCUUAUUGUCCAUUGUCUAGAAAUCGUGCCGGUGAGAAAAGUGUAUUAGAAGAUGAAAUUGUCAAAUCUAUUGCUACAAAAUAUAGCCAUACAACAGCACAGAUUGCUAUACGAUGGCUUAUACAGCGUGGCAUCAUUGCCAUACCGAAAACAACAAAUCCAGAACGGCUCAAAAUUAAUUUUAAUGUAUUCGAUUUCGAGAUCAGUGAUGAGGAUUGUAAAAUUCUUGAUUCAUUGGAUCAAGGCGAAAAGGGACGACGAGUUCGAAUGGAAAUGAAUAAUUUACGAGAACAUCCAGAAUUUCCAUUCAAAUAAUUUUAUGAAAUCAUGUUAUGUUUUUUUUUAUUUUUAUUUUUGAGAUUUUAUCUUUUUUAAUCAAACUAAUCGAUUGUUGUUUUCGAGCCAAUUUUUUUUCUCUGAUUCUGUUUUUAAAGAAAAAAAAAUUAACAUUACAAAAUAGAUGGCAGCCCUAGUUCCAUAUUUUACUAUGGUUAAUAAAGAAUUUUCAACAAA